UCUCUCUCACUCCCCUUUUGUUUCUGCUUUCACAUUCUUAGAAGAGAAACAAACACAGGUGUGCUGUUCGGAGAUCUCUUCGAUGGAACCUCCUUCCUCUUCGCUUCAGGUUGAAACAGCAGUGCUGAAACAACCUAGUCCGUUCCGAAAAAUGUUUGCUGUCUCUUCCAUAGCUGCAGGGAUCCAAUUUGGGUGGGCCUUGCAACUCUCUCUCCUGACACCCUACGUUCAAACGUUGGGAGUCCCUCAUGCGUGGUCCUCUUUCAUCUGGCUCUGUGGCCCCAUCUCUGGAUUGGUUGUGCAGCCCAUUGUAGGGUACACAAGCGAUCGAUGCACCUCCCGUUUCGGCCGUCGCCGUCCCUUCAUUCUGAGUGGGGCGCUUGCCGUCGCCAUCUCCGUGUUUCUUAUUGGCUAUGCGGCUGAUAUAGGACACGCCACCGGCGACGAUAUAACCAAAAAGACGCGUCCACGAGCGGUGGCCAUCUUUGUGAUCGGCUUUUGGAUCCUGGAUGUGGCUAACAACAUGCUUCAGGGUCCAUGCCGAGCUUUUCUCGGAGAUCUCGCCGCCGGAGAUCAGAAAAAAACCAGAACUGCCAAUGCCUCUUACUCCUUCUUCAUGGCCAUCGGCAAUGUUCUGGGUUACGCGGCCGGCUCCUAUGAUAAACUACACCACCUUUUCCCUUUUACGGAAACCAAGGCAUGUAACGUGUUUUGUGCUAACCUGAAAAGUUGUUUUUUCUUUUCAAUACUGCUCCUCCUGAUCCUUUGUGUCGUUGUUCUCACAUAUGUGGAGGAUCCACAGUUUAUACCUGAUGUUAAUAACACUAACAAUGCUGAAAAUCAAGAGGUUCAAACUGGACUCUGGUAUUCAUGUUUUGGUGAAUUGAGUGGUGCCUUUAAGGGACUAGAAAAGCCAAUGUGGAUGUUGAUGCUUGUCACCGCCGUUAACUGGGUGGCAUGGUUCCCUUAUGUGUUAUUUGAUACCGAUUGGAUGGGUCGUGAGGUGUACGGUGGAGAUGUGGGCACUGCUGCAUAUGAUGCCGGAGUGCAUGCAGGUUCUUUAGGACUUAUGUUGAAUUCAGUUGUUUUAGCAGUGAUGUCAGUGGGUGUGGAGCCUUUGGGUCGUCUUGUCGGAGGAGUUAAAUGGUUAUGGGCAGGUGUUAAUGUUAUUCUCGCUGUUGGCCUGGCCAUGACGUUGGUGAUCACAAAGGCUGCACGCCAUGAACGGAGAUUUGACGGCGUCAUUGCUGGUCAUCCUUCAACAGCGGUUAAAGCUGGCGCAUUGAGUUUCUUCUCCGUCCUCGGAAUCCCUCAAGCGAUAACUUUCAGCGUUCCCUUUGCUCUCGCAUCUAUAUAUUCCAGCACGUCAGGUGCAGGCCAAGGUUUAUCUUUGGGUGUCCUCAAUGUUUCAAUCGUCGUGCCCCAGAUGAUAAUAUCAGCAAUAAGUGGACAGUGGGAUAAAUGGUUUGGUGGUGGUAACCUGCCGGCAUUUAUGUUGGGUGCGGUGGCGGCCGCCGUGAGUGCAGUGUUAGCAGUUGUUCUGUUACCAACUCCAAAGCCAGCAGAUGUGAGCAAAGCUUCCGUUCCUGUAGGGGGUUUCCAUUAGUAUAAGGAGUGUUAUAUGUUUAGCUUUUGUAACUUUAUUUUGACAUGGGAGAGUGGAUUAAGAUAUAUAUAUUUGAAUCUCUUCACAUGUGUAUUGUCUAAGUGUUAUUAUACUCAAGAGAAAAAA